CUUGCUUUCUGAAUAUAAAAUCAAACUUGACUAUAUAUCCAAAAAACUUUUACUAUAAAUGGUACAGACAGGAAGCCCAAUUUCAUCAUCGAAAUCACAACAUAUCUUGAUUUCCCAACAGCCCAAAAGAGAAAAAAGAAAAUAUUAAUUUCCAAGAAUAUAAUAUGGCCCCAAGUUUUGAUGAAGGUAAUGCCUUGUUUGAUUUUGUGGUCCAAAAGGGUAACGGAGUAAAGGGUCUUGUAGACAAUGGCAUUAAGAUGGUACCAGAAAGAUACAUUCAACCACCAAAAGAGAGAAUUGACAACAAAAUCAUUAAUUCAAAUGAUCAACUAUUGGCCAUUGAUUUAUCAAAAUUACAUGGACCUGAGCAUGAUCAAGUGGUGGGAGCUAUUUCAUUGGCUGCUGAGACACUUGGUUUUUUUCAAGUGGUUAAUCAUGGUGUCACUUUGGAAUUGUUGGAAUCUCUUAAAGCUUCAGCCCAUAAUUUCUUUGCUCAACCUCCUAUGAAAAAAGCUGUUUAUCUUAAAGGAGUGAGUCCAAGUCCUUUGGUAAAGUAUGGGACUAGCUUUGUCCCUGAAAAGGAAAUGGCACUGGAAUGGAAAGAUUAUGUUAGUAUGAUGUAUACUAAUGAUGAUGAGGCACAUGCACAAUGGCCUGUUGAAUGCAAGGAUUUGGCUCUUGAAUACUUGAAGUCAUCAACAAAAAUGGUGAGGAAACUAUUGGAGAUACUAUUUGGAAAUCUUGGAGUAACACUAGAUGAAGCAAAAUUGGAAUCACUAACGGGGCUAAAAAUGGUAAACAUGAAUUUUUACCCAAGUUGCCCUAAUCCAGAGCUAACAGUAGGCGUCGGACGCCAUUCGGACAUGGGAACCCUAACUGUUUUACUACAAGAUGGAAUUGGUGGUUUAUAUGUUAAAUUGGAAGAAGGUGUGGAAGAAGGAAAAGAUGAGUGGAUAGAGAUUCCUCCCAUUUCUGGUGCUUUAGUUAUCAACGUUGGAGAUACCAUGCAAAUCUUAAGUAAUGGGAGAUACAAAAGCGCGGAACAUAGAGUGCGUACAACAAGUUCAGCAUCAAGAGUUUCAGUUCCAUAUUUUGCUACACCAAAGCCAAGUGAAAAGAUAGGUCCAUUGCCUCAGCUUGUGGAAAGUGAUGGUGUUGCUCAUUACAAAGAAGUCUUGUUUGGUGAUUACAUGCAAAACUUUUUUGGAAAAGCUCAUGAAGGAAAGAAAUCUCUUGAUUUCGCUCAGAAUGAUUCUGCUUAAU